ACUUCUGGUCAUUAAUUUCACAGAGUGGAAACAGAGCUACACUACACAUGCAAUGCCUGUCCAAACUUAAUUAUUUAAUACCUCUUCACGGAAUCUCAUCAUUAUUUUCCCACUAAUCUCUCUCCCUCCUUUUUAUAUAUAUCUUCACUUUACAAUAUCCCUUUGUCCAUCUUCAAACUUCACAUAAUCUCUCUCUCUAAAACACUCUUUCUCUCUCUAGCAAGUAGCAAACAGCAAUGGCUUCAUCAACAGGGUUCAAGCUUUUCCUAGUGAUGGCACUGUUGGCCACUUCAUGCAUGGCCCAAUCACCGGCAGGCGCACCAACGGUCUCCCCCACCGCAGCACCGAUGGCGCCGCCCACCGCCACUCCUUCCCCGGCUCCAGCGACCCCCGCCCCCACCCCAGGACCGGCGGCCGGCCCCACCGCCGGGGGAGAGUCCCCCGCCCCCGCCCCGGGCACCCCCGCACCAGCCUCACCCAGCCCCGCCGGCCCCACCGCCGGCCCAUCUGCCGACCAACCGCCCGCCGACGGCAGCAGCGGCUUCGUCAGCAGGGCUACCUUUGGCGGCGCCGCUCUCGCGGCGGUGCUUGUGGCGGUGGCUUUGGUUUAGAUCCUCCACGUGGACGGCGUAGAUCUGUUUUUGGAUGAGGGAUUGUUUUGUCCUUUUGUUGGGGGCUUAGUGGUCAUUUUACUCCUUGUUUAAUUUUCUCUUCUAUUUUUGGUUAUAUUUGUUUGUGGUUUGUUUAUUUGAUUUGUAGUGGGAUCAUUUGUUUGAUUGUUAUUAUUAUUUGGGUGAUUACACAUGACUCUUGGAUUAUAGCUCGUGGACAUAUUUAUUAUCUAGGGGAGUCACAUGUACAUGAUGAUCAUAUCCAUCAAUAAUAAAAUUUCUUACUAUUCUUUUA